AUGUUCAGAUCUCUGGCGCGACUAUCACGGGCGUCGCAUCUCCAACAUGAGAGCUUCCUGGCAAUUGCUCAAGGGACGGUUUGCCACCCCAGGUUGCGGAUCCGUUCCGAUCGAUCGAUGACCACGGCGAGCGUCAAUCUACCCGCCCUGGUUCUGGUCCAUCGUCGUCAUGGCGCUCAACCGGUUUGGCGACUGCCAGUUUCAUUGGGUUUUGUGAAUAGCCUCGCUGGUCGAGCACGUUUUACUAUACACUCCCCUCAACUGGUCGCAUCGCCUUUGCGAACACUCUCUCACCAUUCUGACCACACUAUUGACGGUCGUACCAACCGCGCGACCGUCGUGAUGGCAGUGAUGUCCAGGGUCACCAAAGCCAAACCGGUCGAUGUUUUGAAUGGAGAUAUCUCUGUAUCCGCUGACCGGGCGGAAACUGCCCUUGAUCCAGAAUCAGAGGAAGACAUCCCCGUCGAUGCGCAGGAGCUCCAAGAAGCUUUAGGGCGACCGCCUCCAGUGAAUAGCAGCUAUCUUCCCUUACCCUGGAAGGGUCGUCUCGGAUAUGCCUGCUUGAACACUUAUCUGCGAUACUCCAACCCGCCCGUCUUUUGCUCGCGCACCUGUCGCAUCGCGUCAAUUCUGGAGAAUCGCCAUCCAUUACUGGAUCCUGACCAACCCGCUCACGCGACCAAGAACCGCCCCGACCGCGAUCAGCCUGCGGAUGUCGCGCGUGGUCAGGCCUUUGUCGAGGCAUUGGGCUUGGCCAAUGCGCGGGACCUGGCCAAGAUUUUCCGCUGGAACGAUAAAUAUGGCAUCAAGUUCAUGCGGAUCAGCAGUGAAAUGUUCCCCUUCGCGAGUCACAAAGAAUAUGGGUACAAAUUAGCCCCAUUUGCCUCCGAAGUACUCGCCGAGGCCGGUCGAGUGGUCGCCGAAUUGGGCCACCGAGUAUCUGUCCACCCCGGCCAAUUUACGCAACUCGGGUCGCCCAAGCGGGAAGUUGUCGAGAGCUCGUAUCGAGAUCUUGAAUACCACUCCGAGUUGUUGCAGCUCCUGAAGCUGCCGCCCCAGCAGGACCGUGAUGCGGUGAUGAUCCUCCACAUGGGCGGCGUUUUUGGCGACAAGGCGGCGACAUUGGAUCGCUUCCGUCAAAAUUACUCGAUCUUGUCACAGGAUAUCAAGAAUCGACUGGUCUUGGAGAAUGACGAUGUCAGCUGGACUGUUCACGAUCUUCUCCCGAUCUGCGAGGAACUCAACAUCCCUCUUGUGCUCGAUUUCCACCACCACAAUAUUCUCUUCGACGCGAACGAGGUUCGCGAGGGCACCGAGGACAUCAUGCCUCUCUAUGAUCGGAUUGCAGCGACCUGGUCUCGCAAGAACAUCACUCAAAAGAUGCAUUACUCUGAACAGACCUCUCCGGCUAUCACGCCUCGCCAGCGCCGCAAACAUAGCGACCGCGUGGCCACUCUUCCCCCCUGUGAUCCAAACAUGGAUCUCAUGAUCGAAGCGAAAGACAAGGAACAAGCUGUCUUUGAAUUGAUGCGAAACUUCAAGCUGCCGGGGUUUGAGCUAUUCAACGACCUCAUCCCCCACAUUCGAACCGAUGAGAACAAGCCUUUUAAGCCUCCGCGCAAGUCCAAGAAGAAUGGCGGUUUCGUCGACCUUGAAGGAUCCGUGCCACCACCACCCACUGUCCCUGAGGAUGAGGUCGGCAUGGGCGGCCCAGAGCGAAGAGUGUAUUGGCCUCGAGGAAUGGAAGAGUGGCUACGCCCUGCCAAGAAAGUGAUCAAGCCCAAGGCAAAUGGUAGCCCUGCCAAACGACCUGCACCCAAGAAGGUGAAAAGUGAGCCUGCCAGUCCUGCUGCGGAGGUAACUAGGGAGAUGGAAACCCCGGUGAAGAAAGCCGCCCAGACGCCGACGCGACGCACGCCGUCAAGUAAAUCUCGCGCCAAGCGGAAAGCUGAGCAGAUCGAGGUUACGCCUGAGUCCGAGGAUCUCAGUAGUCCUCCUGCAGAUCUGGAGGAGGCCGAGACCCCUCCGCUGUCGACCACUCGGCGGAGUGUUCGAGCGAGAAAGUAUUUCCGUUGGUCCGUUGCACGGUCGAGGCUGUUCUCCUUCAGACGGCCCCCCGCCGCAAGCUCCUUCUUCGCUAAGUGGGGAGCCUUUGGGCGCUCGCCUAGUCGACCCAGCCGCCUCUCGUCUCUCCUGCGCAUCCUCGUAGGACCGCAGGCAACCCGCCGUGCCAAACACCGGCUCUGGAAUCUCCGACACGAAGCCUUACCGGCACUUCGACAUCGGGCCCAGUCGCGCAUAUACCGUGCCAUCGUUAAGCGGCAGGCGCGGCUUGCAACACGCGGUCGAACACCUGGUCGAGGAUUUGUUGCCUCUCUGCUCGGCUCUAGACGACGACUGCUGAGAGGAAGUCAGGCUACUGCCUCGUCGACCUCCAGAGCCUUUCCCGCCAAUCCUUCGCUGUCGACCCAAGGCAGAACCCCGGACGGGGCAAAAGAUGCGGUGACGGAUUCGAUGGGGUCAACGUGGGGACCGGGCGGCGGAGAUGGCACUGCCCCGGGCAGUCGUCGUAAAAAGGCCUACGAAUGGCUCAAAGCCGCCAAUGAAGUCGGCCAAGCGUAUGCAUCGCGGUGGACAGGACAGAGGGGCGUUUCCCAGGAGGACUACUACGAUACCCCCGGCGCAUUUCCCGACGUUGCGAUUGCGCGGUCAGGGGACGAGGAGAUGGUUCUUUUCCCAAGUUAUGCCAGAAAGCUGGGCGCCAAACACACGCGCGAGACCAGUCCACCGUCCAGGCGAGAUUCGUGGAGCCAGACGAUCGAUGAAUACCGGGGUGGAUCUGACGAGAAGGGGGUCGCCAACGACGGUUGGGGGGAUGCCAUCCGAGAAGAGACAGUGGUUGAGGUCGACGUGCGAGGUUGGAUUCAUGCGCCCAGUCGAGGUCCAAUGAGUCGGAAGCAUCGCAUCAUGAUCAAAUUAGCAAGAUCGCUCAGCGGCAUCCCGGCGCCAGCUGGGUCCUCCAAUGAUGAGUCUCCCGAGCGGAAUCCGAAUGGCAAGGGUGAAGAUGAACUUUUGGAUAAGGAGAUGCGCCAUCUCGUUGAUUCUGCCGAGAAGGAUGCCGAUCCAGCUUGGAAGAGCGCAGUGAGCGACCGCCGUGGGUCCAACAUGAGCGCUGGAACCGGCACUGGGGCGGCCAUCAGUCAAGUGGCAGCUAUGACGAAGGAUGAGAUAUCCAUGGCGAACGCUCAUUUGAUGGAGAGACUCCGUCCCUUCCUGACGAACCCCAUGGCCGGCAUGCCGGUGACCAUCUUCUUCUUUAACGAAGAUCGAAGUGAAUCCCGUAACGUUCUCACCGAUGAAUCGGGCUAUUUCAUUACACGGGCUGAGAUGCCCUUUGUGCCGACGCACAUCCGAGUGCUCGCGUCGGAGGAUCUCUCUGCCGCGAAACCGAUUGACGUCAUUGAGCCCGUGGGCAUUAGCCUGAUCAGUGAUAUCGACGACACAGUGAAACAUUCUGCCAUUACCAGUGGUGCCAAGGAAAUCUUCCGGAACACAUUUGUUCGUGAAUUGGCGGAGCUGACCAUUGAUGGUGUCAGCGAUUGGUACACGCAGGUCGCGCAAAAGGGCGUGGAAAUUCAUUACGUCUCCAAUGCGCCCUGGCAGCUUUACCCUCUGUUGGAACGGUAUUUCAAACAGGUCGGGUUGCCUCCUGGUUCAUUUCAUCUGAAGCAGUACUCUGGCAUGCUCCAGGGCAUCUUUGAGCCUACCGCAGAGAGAAAACGUGGCCCCCUGGAACAGAUUCUGCGAGACUUCCCGGAGCGCAAAUUUAUCCUUGUGGGUGACAGCGGCGAGGCGGAUCUCGAAGUUUACACAGAGGUCGUGCUUGCCAACCCUGGUCGUAUCCUAGGAAUCUUUAUCCGUGAUGUGACCACCCCAGAGAAGAAGGCCUUUUUUGAGAAAUCCGUCAGCCAUCUGGAAACCCCCAUUCGCAGUCAAAGCUCCCCUUCCCUCGUUGAUGAAUCCGACUCUGCUGCCAAUCGACCCACUCUACCCCCUCGCCGAACCGUUGCAUCGUCCCCGUGUGCCGAUCGAGAGAAUCCAGGUUACGAAGAUCUGAUAGAUCUACGAGAUGACGAGUGUCCAGACAAGAACCCUGCACCCCGGAUACCUCAUGCUACUAAACCGCGGCAACCCCCUGGCAAGCCUGCAAAGCCCUCUUCUCUGCGAACGGUCCAUGGUGUGAGUGAUGCUGUUGGAUCAAGUCCUCAUCCCGAAGAGUCCUUUUCUCAAGGGGCAAUUCGUCGCAAGGCGGUCCCUCCUUUGCCACCUCGACGCGCUCAGACCAAGUCAGAUUCCCUCAUCGAUUUGGAUACAUCUCCCUCAAACCCACGUUCUUCCAGUGCAGGGUCAUCGAUGAAGGAUAGCAACGCCUCCGACGGCGCAUAUCGUUCUAAGGGACCACCCCCGGUCCCGCCACCGCGAAGGUCCACCACGGCGUCGUCUUCUACCGGAUCGGGACCCAGUGGGGCGAGCACACCGCGCCAUCCUGCGCCGGCAACUAAACAGUCGUACCCUGCGGCAGCCGGAGCGGCAGCCCAAGCUGCGCUCAACUACGCCACCGAGCGGCUCAAUCUGACAACCUCGUCCGGGUCCACUCUUCGGACCUCUCCUUCGCAGCAGUCUCUCGGGCGCCCUUCGACUACCGGUCCCUCGGACCCCCUCCCCAACAAGCGCGAAGAGCUCUGGCGGCGUCGUUGGGAAAAGGCAAGUGAGGUCCUCGAGCAAAAAGGGGUGGUUCUUGGUAGCUGGCGCGUUGGUACCGAUGUACAGUCGGUCUGUAUGUGGUUGAUCGAGGAGGAGAUGCAAAAGCUUCAAGUUCUUCGGGCCUCGACUGGCGCGGGACGUCAGUCUUGA